UUAGCUUGCUAAGGGAUGUUCUGCCUGCACUCACACAGAGAGAUCAGAGCGUACUAGUUCACUGUGUCUCAUUUUCCUGCUCACUGUUAAUCAGUCUCACACACGUUCCUUUUCUUCUCGUGCCUUUCUGUGUUUCUGCCUCCCUCCUUCCACUUAUCUUUCUUACAUCUUUUCCAGGGAACAUUUAUUUUAACUUCAUACUAUUACAUUUUCUCCAGAGUGGAGAGAUGAGAGGGGAGCGAUGGGAUUGUUUUUGGCUGAGAAUCACACCAGCAGCAGAUGUUUGAAGAAAAUUCCCUUUCUUGGCAAUCUUGAAAGGUGAAAAGGAAGAAGGAACACCGGCAAAGAUUUUUUCAUUCUCUCUCAAGGGUGCCGAGCUUGUCCUCCAGAUAAUGAGGCUGAGAAGCACACAUGUUGAGAUUUUAACACUGCCCGGGCAGAUGGACAAAUAACAACGGACAAAGAAGUCUUAGAGAGGGAAUUUAAAAGGAGAAAUUAUGAACACCACAGAGGCUCAUGGAUUGAUCCAUGGCUACCAUAACCGGAGCCAAACCUCGGGCAUUUUGCCACUUAACAAAGACUUAUCAGCAGAGGAGAAGGACUCGUCCACAGGAUGCUAUGAACAGCUGCUGAUUUCCCCAGAGGUUUUCCUCACUCUGGGCAUUGUCAGCCUGCUGGAGAACAUCCUGGUUGUUGCUGCUAUCAUCAAAAACAAGAACCUUCACUCACCUAUGUACUUCUUCAUCUGUAGCCUCGCUGUUGCUGACAUGCUCGUCAGUGUCUCCAAUGCCUCUGAGACUAUUGUCAUAGCGCUCAUCAACGGAGGCAAGCUGACCAUCCCCGUCCAGUUGAUCAAAAGCAUGGACAAUGUGUUUGACUCUAUGAUCUGUAGUUCUCUGUUAGCAUCCAUCUGCAGCUUGCUGGCCAUCGCGGUUGAUCGUUACAUCACUAUCUUCUACGCACUGCGAUACCACAACAUUGUCACCCUGCGGAGAGCAAUGUUGGUCAUCAGCAGCAUCUGGACAUGCUGCAUUGUGUCCGGCAUCCUGUUUAUCAUCUACUCAGAGAGCACCACAGUGCUCAUCUGCCUCAUCACCAUGUUCUUCACCAUGUUGGUGCUCAUGGCGUCGCUGUACGUCCACAUGUUCCUGCUGGCCCGUUUGCACAUGAAGCGCAUCGCAGCAUUGCCAGGGAACGCGCCCAUCCAUCAGCGGGCCAACAUGAAGGGCGCCAUCACCCUCACCAUCCUCAUCGGGGUGUUCGUGGUGUGCUGGGCGCCCUUUUUCCUCCACCUCAUCCUCAUGAUCACUUGCCCCAGGAACCCCUAUUGCACCUGCUUCAUGUCCCAAUUCAACAUGUACCUCAUCCUUAUCAUGUGCAACUCUGUCAUUGACCCCAUCAUCUACGCGUUUCGCAGCCAAGAGAUGAGAAAAACCUUCAAAGAGAUUUUCUGCUGCUCACACGCUCUCUUGUGCGUGUGAGCUGCCUGUUAAAUGUGAGCAGCAGCUAUGACCCUGACAACCAAAAUCUGCAAGUUAAAUUAAACUUGUCCAACAAGGACUUUGAGGUUUUGAGCGUUAAUACUUGUGGACUGACGUGACUCUGCUGUGCCCUGUGCUCUCACAGUCAGCUAUAAAUGAUUAAUAAGUAGGGGACUCACCUAUGGUUUCAUGAGACAGGCUUCUAAAGAGGUAGGUUUACAAACACCUUGUAAAAUAGAGUACCACUCUGUAGAAAAUUGCUCAUUUGUUUUGUAGUCAACGCUGUUCUGAAGUGCAAUUUAAAGUAAGUGUUACCAGCAUGUUUAUUUAAUACACAUGGUCAAAAUGUGAUUCAUUUACAAAUCCUUUCCCUUUCUCACUCUGAAAUCUUGUCUAUAUUCCUACGACACUUAUCUUGUAGUUCACUCCGAAAUAAUAUCAGAAAUACCAUGCUUAUCUUAAAGAACUUUAUGUAUCUACAUGGAUUAUGGUAUGAAAUGUCACUGGCAUUGCAACCAGAACCUAAAUGCCAGAGUGCAUGUGCUCUACUGUAUAUGAUAUAGUAUAUGACAGACUACCUCCAUGUUCAAAGGGUGUAAUCCACCUCAUAACAGCAAGAGUAUUUCGCACACCGCAAGCAAAUAUAUGUAUAUCCCUAACAUUUACUUUUCAUGAGAUAAAUUAUUACACCUCAGUGAUUUCCCUUGUAUGUUAUGUGCCAUCCAUGAAGGAAGAGAUCAUGGGAAGCACAGGGAACAGCUUGCUCAACUAAAGUGUGUUUUUUUGGUAGAGGUAGACUACUCUGUAGAAGAGAUGAUUGCCUGUGAUUUUCCAAGUUGUCCUAAUGGUAUGAGAGCACUGAGAUCAAGCUAGAUUAUUUUGGAAAUCACAAAACAAGAGCACAAAUAAAGAAUAUCACAUUUCAGCUCUUUGCUGAUCUGCUGUUUCCCAUUUUUAACUCGCUCAGCGUAUUACUCACAGACUGUUUUCUGAUGCUUAUGCAUAAUAUUUAUUGACUGGGAUCUAAAAUGGAGGGUAGUACAAUUGUAAAAUCACUAAUUGGGUUAAAAGGGGACAUAAAAACAUACACAUUAACAAAUAAUGAUAUAUCCUGGGUACAGAAUGAGCUUAACAAUAAACUACAGAGAAAAGUAAAUAAUUCAGAGCUUGACUUUAAAAUGGGGAAAUCAGGAAAAUGCCAGUCUAUUUCUCAGGCACAAAAACGGCAAUUAACAAGCAUUUAUUUGCAUUUUAAAGACAAAUGGGGAAACAAUUCAGGGUGGAAUAAAACCUUAUUUAUUCUAGUGUGUAUUCCCAGUUUUUGUCUCCUUGAUGGUAAUCUCACACCCAACCUGAUCAGGGAUAGACCAUAUAGACCAUCACCUCUGAUUUUCCCUUUUAAACAGAGCAGCAGAAAAAAAGAUGAACAGAGUCACUUUAAUUUCCACAAAUCAUUUCAUCAUCUCAGUCUGAGCACAUAUAUCAAACAGACUAGUUGGCGCUGCUGUCAGUCCACUGACUCAUGUUGAUUUCCAAUCAAAGCUCUUGUGAAUCUGUGGUUUGUGUAGAUAUUUGUGUAAAUUUGCACAUGUGGGUUGUUCUCACUCGCAGUAUGCAUGUGACCAUAUAGAGAUCUAUUUUUCAUCAUGUUCAUGUAACAGGACAGAUUUACUGAAUGUAUUUUUAUGUAUUUGUUGUGUAACUUGUUGCUUUCUCCUUGCCUUAAAUAUGUUGCACUGUGAUGUAAAGAACAACCGUAUUCUCUGUGACAGUAUUUCAGAAACUGAUGUGAUCAGUCUUUAUAUGUAGGUAAAUGCUAUUUUCGAUAUUGCCUUAUUUAUUUCUGCCUUUUUAAACUUGAAGUGCAUCUCUAAGCUCAUAAAAUACACAACAGAACUGAUGUAAACGGGAGUCUAAUUUUCUGUUUAAAGCUUGGCCUGGAAUUUGAUUCAUGUGUGCUGAUAUGAAGGUGUUUGCUUGACCACUGCAUCCUCUGUGAAUCACUGCUGCAAAGUAACUUCAAUAAAUCAUACUGCCACCUCA